AUGAAGAUGAGCAGUACGCAAGGUCCACAUUCUCUAGCCUUUCGUGUCAUGAGACUAUGCCGUCCUUCUCUUCACGUUGAAACCCCGCUUCGAUUCGAUCCUUCCGAUCUCUUAUUUGGGGAAGACCUCUUCGAUGAUCCUGUCGCUGCUACUCAUCUCCCUCGACUCCUUGCUGACACUGUCCCCACCGUUGAUGCUGGAAGUACGUCGGUUGAUCCGUCGGAUCUGUCUUAUAGGAAUAGAUACCUUCUUCAGCAUACGUCGGAUUCUCUUGGUCUGCCUGGACUACUCCUUCUUCCUCAGUCCUUUGGGGCGAUAUAUUUGGGAGAGACGUUCUGCAGUUAUAUAAGCAUAAAUAACAGCUCCAGUUUUGAAGUUAGAGAUGUUACCAUCAAGGCAGAAAUCCAAACAGAGAGGCAGAGGAUACUUCUUUUAGAUACUUCUAAAUCACCUGUUGAAUCAAUACGUGCUGGAGGGAGAUAUGACUUCAUUGUGGAACAUGAUGUGAAAGAACUUGGUGCACACACGUUGGUCUGCACUGCUCUUUAUAGUGACAAUGAUGGCGAGCGGAAAUAUCUUCCACAAUAUUUCAAAUUUAUGGUUGCGAAUCCACUUUCUGUUAGAACAAAGGUCCGCGUUGUUAAGGAAACCACUUUUUUGGAGGCUAGCAUAGAGAAUCAUACAAAAUCUAAUCUCUAUAUGGACCAAGUUGAUUUUGAGCCAGCUCAGCAUUGGAACACUACAGUACUACGAGGUGUUGAUCACCACCCAGAGAGCAAACAACCAAUGAGCGAUGUAUUUAAGCCUCCUGUUCUCUUAAGAUUUGGGGGUGGGGUCCAUAAUUUCCUUUACCAAUUGAAGUUAUCCUCAGAUGGCUCUCCACUGCCGAAGGUGGAGGGAAGUAAUGUCUUGGGCAAACUCCAGAUAACUUGGCGUACAAAUUUGGGUGAACCUGGACGCCUUCAGACACAACAAAUUCUUGGAAGUCCCAUUGCUCAUAAAGACCUUGAGCUAAAAGCGGUAGAAGUGCCAUCAACUAUCAUGCUGGAGAAACCUUUUGUGGUACGUCUGAAUCUCGCAAACCAGACAGACAGGGUGCUGGGCCCUUUUGAAGUUUGGGUGUCACAAAGUGACUCACUAGAUGAGAAGGCUAUCAUGGUUAAUGGUCUUCUAACAAUGCAUUUGGCACAGGUGGAAGCAUUUAGCUCUUCAGAAUUCGAGUUGAACCUGAUUGCUGUGAAGCAUGGGGUACAGAAAAUCACAGGCAUUACCGUGUUUGACACGCGUGAGAAGAAAACAUAUGAUUCUUUGCUGGAGUUGGAGGUAUUUGUUGAUUCACAGUAGGUACUUGAGCCAGAUGUGUUUGCAAGGUAAUAAGGGGGUUGAUAUGAUCCAAGAUUGGAGUUACCUUUGGUCGAGAGUUUUUACUACCUGGAAGUCACAGUUAAGAUCUAGGCAAUUCAUUGUUAAAGAUUCUCUUCAUGCCAAACGUAGAGACGAGUACUAGCAUGUUCAAUGGCCCCAAUGGAACUUGGCAUCCAGACGAUCUUCAGACGAUUAACGUGUGUUUUUCUC